AUGCCUUUGAUUUGUCUUCCUCGUUGUCUUCAUUAGUCCUUCACCUCUCCCUCUUCAUGUUUGUUGUUCCUUUAAAAAAUGUAAUAAAGUCUCCACUUUCUCAGUGUCUCUAUUACCAAAUAUUUUACCUGCUUGGCUGCCUGGAAGAUCUCACCAACGUACCCAUGAUGAAAGGAUCUUCACAACAAGAUAAGCAAGAUAAAGGUGAUCAGAUGAGGGAAAGCUAUAGCAAGGAAGCAUGCGACUUUGGUUCGGAAAAGGGUGUCUCUGAUGAUAUAAUCCCUCAUAUUCUCAACUUAUAUGCAUCUCGUGCCACAUCUCGUGACUUUGAAAUUUAUGCUACAGACGCCUCCUUUGAAGAUCCCCUCAUGUGUGCUCACGGGGUGAAGCAGAUUAAAUCAUCAUUCUAUUCACUUUCUAAGGUAUUUAGUGAAUCAAGAAUUGAGGAAUACAGUGUCGAGGAAAAAGCAACAGCACAAGGAAAACAUGAGAUAUUGAUUGACAACAAACAACAUUAUGUGUUCUUGGGGAAAAGCAUCAAUAUGAUUUCUCUCAUCAAGCUGUAUAUUGAGGAUGGGAAAGUUGUUCGCCAUGAAGACUGGUGGGACAAGAAGCCAAUCAGGAAUAGAGAAACAAGUGCAAUCGCAUUAGUUGGCCGUUUAAAGGAAAUAGUUCGCAGGGGAUCGAUGCUUGUUACCCAUGCUAUGAUGGGGCUUGGGAAGGAUCCGACCAAGUAAAUUGCUCUUAAAUCAAAAUCAUAAAUUAUGUUUCUUUUGCUCAAGUGCCAAUGCUUUUAAUCUUUGUAUUAUUAUAUGUUUCUUGCUUAUAGAUGUUUCAAUCUGUUUAAGCUUUUAGAUGAAUGAAAUUGCUUGUAGUCACCACGUCUAAAAGAUAUUUAUAGUCUGUUCAAAUUUGUGAGUAGCCUUAAUCCUUUGUGCAAAAGUAUUAUGUUUCAAAAUAUUGUAUAGUAUAAAAAGUUGAAUAAAUUAGCUGGUUCAAAGCUUAAUCCGUAA